AUGGAUAGGUUUGCAUCUUCUAUUCAUCCUACCGAUGUAGGCAAAAAAAGGAAGCAACAAGUUAUCAAUGAUGCAUUUGCUAAGGAAAGAACACAGGAUGUGCAUGGAUAUUUAGCACGAUGGGUGUAUGAGAGUGGUAUUCCUUUCCAUGCUCUUGAUAAUGAUAGUUUUAGAAGAUUUGUAGAAGCGGUUGGACAAUAUGGCCCGGGCUACAAACCUCCAAGCCAAUAUGAAUUAAGGGAACCAUUGUUGAAAAAGGAAGUAGAGAGGACAAAGAAGGCACUUAAGAGUCAAGAAGAUGAGUGGACUAAGAGUGGUUGCUCAAUCAUGACGGAUGCUUGGAGUGAUGGGAAACGAAGAAGUAUCAUGAAUUUGUGUGUGAAUUGCAACAUGGGCACAACUUUCCUUUCUUCCAAGGAAGCUUCCAAUGACUCACAUACCGGUGAAUACAUUUUUACUUAUAUUAAAGAAUGUAUUCAAGAAGUUGGGUCACAAAAUGUGAUUCAAGUGGUGACGGACAAUGCUUCUAACAACAUGGCGGCGGCCAAGAAAUUGAAAGAAGAAAUUCCUCACAUUUUUUGGACUUCAUGUGCCACUCAUACCAUCAAUCUUAUGCUUCAAGGAAUAGGUAGUCUACCUAAAUUCCAAGGAGUAAUUGAGAAAGCCAAAGCAUUCACCGUCUUUAUUUAUUCACAUCACAAGACUUUGGCUAUGAUGAGGAAUUGCACAAAGAAGAAAGAUAUAGUGAGGCCGGGAGUUACAAGGUUUGCUACUUCUUUCCUUACUUUACAAAGUUUGAACAAGAAGAAGCAUAUGCUAAGACUAUUGUUUGCAAGUAAAGAAUGGGAAGAUAGUAAGUAUUCCAAGACUCAAAAAGGAAAAGCGGCAUUUGCUACCAUAAUGAGUACAUCAUUUUGGAAUGGAGUUGAACUUUGCUUAAAAGUAUUUGAACCUUUGGUUAAGGUGCUUCGCCUUGUUGAUGGAGAUAAAAAACCAUCUAUGGGUUUCUUAUAUGGAGAGCUACAACAAGCAAGGAAUGAGAUCAAAGAGGUAUACAACCAAGAGGUGAGCUAUGCUCCAAUCUUAGAAAUUAUGGAUUCAAAAGCUCGUGAUCGGCUUGAUGGUCCAUUGCAUUUGGCGGCUCACUUCUUGAACCCUUAUUACUACUUCAAGGAUGAAAGUAUAUGUUUGAAUGGAGAUGUCAUGCAUGCUUGUAUAACUUGUUCCGAGCACUUCUACCCCAAUGAUGACCAAACACAAAGCGACAUCAUGAACAUUGAGAUACCUAAGUAUAGAAUGAAAGAAGGUGUGUUUGGAAAAUCUUUGGCCAUAUCGGGAUGUGCCAAGAAAGACUUUGAUCCGGUUGCAUGGUGGUAUACUUAUGGAUUUAAUGUGUCAAAAUUGCAAAGAAUUGCAAUAAGGAUUCUUUCAUUAACUACAAGUUCAUCGGGGUGUGAGAGAAAUUGGAGCACAUUUCAAGGGAUACACACAAAGAAGAGGAAUAUGCUAGAUACUUCAAGGAUGAGAAAGUUGGUAUAUGUUCAAUUCAAUGCCAAAAUCAUCAACAAAAAUCGAAGGAAGGAUAAAGGAAAAGAGGUGCUACUUGCCAAAGAAGCUAAAGAAGCACAAGAAUGGCUUGUUGAAGGUAAUAUCAUUGAAGAUAUGGAAAGACAUAAAGAAGUAUCCGAAUUGGGUAGUGAGAUACCACCAUUGAGUGAAAUCCGAGAGCUGUGGCCGGAGGGGUUUUAA